AUGAGGGACUGGUUCCUCUCCGAUUUUUUGGAGGGUGAUGCAGUUGCUUUGCUCAUCGACAACUCCAAGGGUCCCGACUGGCUAGUUUCGAGUGUGACAAAGACGCAGCAGCUGUUGAAGGACAUGUUCAAGAUUCUGAAGAUGAGGAACCGAUAUGCGAGCCAGCUGCAGGACUUGAAGUGCACAGCCGAGGAUGCUGCCAAGAACAUCGUCGCAGAAGCUCUGUUGCAGAAACUUCCAGAAGAGACUUUGGAGGUGAGGAGGAAUGUGGCUUCGAACUGGCUGAAGAAUGAGCUCACAGGCAUCGAUGCGAAGAUGAAGAACCUGGACGACAAGGCCACGGAGUACAUCGGCUGGGGAGGACGUCGUGUACAAAGUCUCCUUACUUACAUCCUGGACAGGGAGCCGGAAGUGGCUUCGCAAAGCUUUCGCCAGAUGUUUGAGUACUGGAGCGAGCUGAAUGCAGCCGACAUGGCGGCAAGGCGACUCAGAUCGAAGUUGGCAGGACCGACGGCGGCCAGCACCAGCGAGAAGGAGAACGACGUGAACCAGCUCAACAAUUCUGUGGAGGUGCAGAACAAGUCGCCAGAGCCGAGUGCUGUCGUGCGGAACAAGUCACCGGAGCCACGUGUGGUCUUGCAGAACAAAUCGCCGGAGCCCCGUGUGGUCGUGCAGAACAAGUCACCAGAGCCGAGUGCUGUCGUGCAGAACAAGUCACCGGAGCCAUGUGUGGUCGAUGUGCAGAACAAGUCACCGGAGCCAUGUGUGGUCGAUGUGCAGAACAAGUCACCGGAGCCAAGUGUGGAGGUCGUGCAGAACAAGUCACCGGAGCCAAGUGUGGAGGUCGUGCAGAACAAGUCACCGGAGCCGAGUGUGGAGGUCGUGCAGAACAAGUCGCCGGAGCCGAGUGUGGACAAAGCGCCGGAGCCCAGUGUGCACGAGCAGAACAAGUCGCCGGAGCCCCGUUUGGUCGUGCAAAACAAGUCGCAGGAGCCAAGUGUUGGCGAGCAGAACAAGUCGCCGGAGCCGAGUGGUGACGUGCAGAACAAGUCGCCGGAGCCAAGUGAGCACGAGCAGAACAAGUCGCAGGAGCCAAGUGUGGACGUGCAGAACAAGUCGCCGGAGCCAAGUGUGGACGUGCAGAACAAGUCGCCGGAGCCAUGUGUGGACGUGCAGAACAAGUCGCCGGAGCCUAGUGCGGUCGUGCAGAACAAGUCGCAGGAGCCAAGUGUGGACGUGCAGAACAAGUCGCCGGAGCCUAGUGCGGUCGUGCAGAACAAGUCGCCGGAGCCUAGUGCGGUCGUGCAGAACAAGUCGCAGGAGCCAAGUGUGGACGUGCAGAACAAGCCAGUAGCCACGGGGGAGCAGCAGGUGGACGUGCAGAACAAGCCAGUAGCCACGGGGGAGCAGGAUACUCAGCUAGGUGACUUCCAUACGGUGGACGACGACAUGUUAGACAUCGAGCUCACCCAGAAGCUGGAGAAGCUGGGCAGCGGUCUUACUGAUCCGGAACCCGAGGACUGCUGCUUCAAUCUACUAGCAGACUUGUGUUGGGAAAAGUCCCAGCUCAUGGCCGAGGGCUACAUAAGCCAGAUCGAUUUCCACAUCUCGCCGGUCCAGGAGAAGACAGACGCCUUGGAUAUGAAGUGUGUCGAAGGUGCUAAAGAGGAGGCUCAGCUGAAGCCGCUGGUGGACGAUUUGGGCAAAGCAAUUGACAACUAUGGGGUCGCGAUCAAGGCCAUCAAGACUCUGUAUGCUUCUUGGCGGAAUGAUUGCUUCCAGUCAAAGCAUGUCCUUAUGGCACGAGUUCAUGGUAGCAUGUAA